AUGGCCGUCCGGCCUGCGCACGGCUGGCCGGCGGCAGCCUGCUCCACGCCAGCUGGCCAGAGCCACUGCUGGGCCAGCUCAGACCCCGGCUGGGGCGCGCCCGACGGGGAGACCGGCGUUCCGAGCCGACCGGCGGUGCAGUGCGGGCGCAGACGGAGCAGGAGCAGCCACAAUAACACCAACUCCACGUUCAUGCAGAACUUCGGCUGCUGGCACCCCGCGCACUCCCUCGACAGAGUGAAGUACUCCGUGCACUUCAGCGCCUGCGCGGCGGAGUCCUUGGCCUCCGAAUCGGCGCUGGUGGCAUCGGAAUCACCACCACCCGCGUGCUCGGUGCUGGCGGCGGCUGCAGGCGCUCCAAGGGUCUUCCCGCUCGCAUCCACCAGCACACUGGCGUACGGGUUCACGACCUGGCCCAGCUGCUCCAUGAACGAGCCCGGCCCUGGAGGCGUCGGAGGCAGGGGCCGAGAUGCCGCCCUUGACGACGCGCUGCCCACCGGCCACGAAGCCUGCGAUCUCUUCUUGCCCCUCUUCGUUUUCGGGUGCUGGUACUUGAUGCUCUUUUUGCCGCGCGACUGGUUGCUGAGCUUCUCCUCCUUCAUCUCCCAAUCGGCCUUCUUGGAGAUAACGCUCGAUACUGGCUGCGGCGCUGGAGGCGGCGGCGCCAGAGCCGCGCCAUUGACCUGGCGGCAAGGGCGGGCGAGGGACUCGACGGAGCUCGCCAUCCACCUUCAAGGGCAGGAACGCGUAGCCCUGCACAAAGACCGGCGGCGGCCGUUCCAGGUCCAGAACGCCAGCCAGCCCGCGGGCGCGGCGGAGGAGGGCGGCUCGCUGUGUGGGGACCUGCCCGGCCUGCGGGCCCGGAGGCCGCGCGCGCGCCGGCGGCGCGUGCUACGCGAGGCCUCGAGGCCGAGAGACCACGACGGCUCGCAAGGAGGCGAGGAAUGGGAUAACGGCAUCUUCCGCGGGUCGAGCGGGAGCCCUCUCGGCGGCCGCGCCGCUGGCAAGAAGGCAGCUCUUGUGGACCUGGCGAUGGAGCGGCUGAGGCACUUCGCGCCGCCGCCGCAGAGCCCCGACGCGGUUCACCGCGGCCCGGAGGCCUCGCAGGCCGCCGCGGCGGCACCGCCUGGCCCGCUGGACCACGCGGCCCCCGGCGGCUCGCCGCCCAGCCUGCCGUCGCCGCCCGGGCCGCCAGCGGCGGCUACGCUGGCCGCAGGCGCCUCUGCGGCCGCGGCGCCGGAGGGCGGCAGCAGCUCCGAGGGCGGCAGCGGCUCGUGGUGCUCCCUGGGCGGCGGGGCGCAGGUGGUCGGCACGCUGACAUUCACGGACGUCCUACACCCAGCGGUCAGCCGCACCGUCACGGGCACUUCGGCCGCCUUCCGCGUCGUUGGCAGCAUGCAAGACGAGGCAGCUCCGGUUGACAGCUCGUCCAGCAGCUCGUCUAGCUCCUCGGGGUCCUGA